UGAUCGAAAUGGGGCGGGCGAAGUUAAUGACUAAAAGGCAGGCGGAUUUCCUGAGAGCCGUGAGUAGUUUCAAAGGAAAGAGAAUCUUUCGGGGCACAGUUUUGGCCUUAGCCGGGGUUUGGUGUGUCCGACCUUUUUGUUCCUUCUCGAAACCCGGCCUCAGUGAGGCCUUCCAGCCUGGCGCCCUUGGCCAGCUCUCCUGCAGUUGCAAGAAAGAGAAACAUUUCUGAACCCGAGUCUCCUGCCUCUUUCGGUUGUACUCUCCCUGGGCGUGUGCAAAGCAAAACUAGAACAAAGCUUGGCUGGUUAGAGCUGGAGGCGAGAAAACGGGCUGCCUGUAGUGUUUAAAUUUUCCGCACAUGGAGGAGACUGCAUGCGACCAGAACAUUUGGUUUGGUGCCCUGGUUGUCAGAUGUUGGAAAGCAAUAGGACGGAACAUACUCUUCGUGGUUGUGUAUCCGUUCUGGGGUGCAGCAAUUAACAUUGAACUUUGGUUCCUGUGACUCUUGCCUGUGUCGAUAGAGUUAAACUGGAGCUCUGCUUUGAAAGAUAAAUAAAGCACAGCCUCUCAACUGGACAUAAAUGGAUCUAAAGACAGCAGUAUUUAACGCAGCUCGGGAUGGCAAACUCCGGCUUCUCACCAAAUUGUUGGCAAGCAAAUCCAAAGAGGAGGUUUCCUCCUUGAUCUCUGAAAAAACAAAUGGGGCCACGCCACUCUUGAUGGCCGCCAGGUAUGGGCACCUUGACAUGGUGGAAUUCCUCCUAGAGCAAUGCAGUGCCUCCAUAGAAGUUGGGGGCUCCGUCAAUUUUGAUGGCGAAACCAUUGAGGGGGCUCCCCCUUUAUGGGCCGCUUCUGCAGCAGGACAUCUGAAGGUGGUCCAGUCCUUGUUAAAUCAUGGAGCAUCUGUCAACAACACGACUUUAACCAAUUCAACUCCUCUUCGAGCUGCGUGUUUCGAUGGCCAUUUGGAAAUAGUGAAGUACCUUGUAGAACACAAAGCUGAUUUGGAAGUGUCAAACCGACAUGGGCAUACGUGCUUGAUGAUUUCAUGUUACAAAGGACAUAAAGAGAUUGCUCAGUAUUUACUUGAAAAGGGGGCAGAUGUUAAUAGAAAAAGUGUCAAAGGUAAUACUGCACUGCAUGAUUGUGCAGAAUCUGGAAGUUUGGACAUCAUGAAGAUGCUUCUUAUGUAUUGUGCCAAGAUGGAAAAGGAUGGUUAUGGAAUGACUCCCCUUCUCUCAGCAAGUGUGACUGGUCACACAAAUAUUGUGGAUUUUCUGACACACCAUGCACAGACCAGCAAGACAGAACGUAUUAAUGCUCUAGAGCUUCUGGGAGCUACAUUUGUAGACAAAAAAAGAGAUCUGCUUGGGGCUUUGAAAUACUGGAAAAAGGCAAUGAACAUGAGGUACAGUGAUAGGACUAAUAUUAUUAGUAAACCAGUGCCACAGACACUAAUAAUGGCUUAUGAUUAUGCCAAGGAGGUGAACAGUGCAGAAGAGCUAGAAGGUCUUAUUGCUGAUCCUGAUGAGAUGAGAAUGCAGGCACUAUUAAUCAGAGAACGUAUUCUUGGUCCUUCUCAUCCUGAUACCUCUUACUAUAUUAGAUAUAGAGGUGCUGUCUAUGCAGACUCUGGAAAUUUCAAACGAUGCAUCAACCUAUGGAAGUAUGCUUUGGAUAUGCAGCAGAGCAAUUUGGAUCCUUUAAGCCCAAUGACCGCCAGCAGCUUAUUAUCUUUUGCAGAACUAUUCUCCUUUAUGCUACAGGAUAGGGCUAAAGGCCUCCUGGGUACUACUGUUACAUUUGAUGAUCUUAUGGGCAUACUUUGCAAAAGCGUCCUUGAAAUAGAGCGAGCUAUCAAACAAACUCAGUGUCCAGCUGACCCAUUACAGUUAAAUAAGGCCCUUUCUAUUAUUUUGCACUUAAUUUGCUUGUUAGAGAAAGUUCCUUGUACUCUAGAACAGGACCAUUUCAAAAAGCAGACUAUAUACAGGUUUCUUAAGCUGCAUCCAAGGGGAAAGAAUAACUUCAGCCCUCUUCAUCUGGCUGUGGACAAGAAUACUACAUGUGUAGGGCGGUACCCUGUUUGUAAAUUUCCAUCUCUACAAGUUACUGCAAUACUGAUAGAAUGUGGUGCUGAUGUGAACGUCAGAGACUCGGAUGACAACAGUCCCCUGCAUAUCGCUGCUCUUAACAACCAUCCAGACAUCAUGAAUCUCCUUAUUAAAUCAGGUGCACAUUUUGAUGCCACAAACUUGCACAAACAAACUGCUAGUGACUUGCUGGAUGAGAAGGAAAUAGCUAAAAAUUUAAUCCAGCCUAUAAAUCAUACCACAUUGCAGUGUCUUGCUGCUCGUGUCAUAGUGAAUCAUAGAAUAUAUUAUAAAGGGCAUAUCCCAGAAAAGCUAGAGACUUUUGUUUCCCUUCAUAGAUGAUAACUUGACUGUAUUUUAGCACUGUUAAAGCACGAAUUGGUAACAGUUGUUUCAUAAAUGAGCACUGUUGUGAUAACACCAGCAUUCAUUUAGCUUGAUUGAUAUCAUUGUGCUCUCAUUGGCUAAAGCAUUAUAAGCAUCAAAUUUACAACAUUGGUUUCCCAAUAUUUAAUAUAAAUAUACCAUAUAAUAUAUUGUUUGUGAAUUAUUGAGAAAUGUAACAUUCAAAUUUCUAAAAUUGUCUGCCAAAGGCUUAUUCAUUCUGGUUUUGUUUGCUGUUGGGUGUUUGGGGCAGAGUUAACCAUUUUUCCAUGGUGUCUUUAUACUUUACUGGUUUGUGAAUUUUAUACAAUUGAAAGUCUUUUUUUCUUGCUUCUUUCUUCUCUUCUCAAGUUUCCCCCGUUUCUACUUUAUUGUUUGUCCUAACCAUUUCUACUACAGUUUUUUCCUUAUGGACCCAUACUAGGUUGUACAAACUUUAAGGACUCGUUACCAUUUGCAGUUACCAUAAGUGCUUUAUCUUCUCUAUGCACAGGCUUAAACUUGACUGUUGUAUGUUAGCAUAUUUUCUAUGCAGCAGUUGGUCAACUUCAACUCAAAACACUGUUUUCUUAUGUUUGUUACAAACUUAAUUUUUUGAAAGUACUCUGUAGCAUGACAAUUUUUAGAGCUGCAGGUUAGCUAUUUUAGCUCAAGCUUUUUUGUUUGUUUUUUUCUUCACUUUCUUCACAUCUGAGGUUUCUUUCUCUAAUCCACUGAAAUUAUUGUGUGCUAAAUUUGGGAAACAGAUCUAUUCUAACUCAUUAACCCAGUUGAAAUUUAGGUCUGUCAUCUUAAUAUAUCAUGCAGUAAAAGGAAGAAUCUUUUUAAAGUGACCCACCUUUCAUGCUGCUCUAGCAUUGUCCUGCUUGUGCUGAUGGUGUGAUUAGGUGUAGAGAAUUUGCUUAAAUUUAACUUCAAAGUUCAUCACACAGCUUAAUGAGUCACAUUGAAAUACUCAGUAAUUGAACUGCAAAUCACUUUUAGUUACAAAAAGAGCUAAAGCAUGUCAGUGGCAUGAUGCUUGCCAAGCCAGAUCUAGGCAUCUAGGAUAAUUAAGGUAUUUUAGUAUGCAAUUUACUGCCAUAAUAUCAAAGGUCAGUAACAGUGUUCUUUCUUUCUUCAAGCUUACGUAUACCUUUAAAGAUAACUUGCAUGAAUUACUUUGAUUACUUUGGUCUCAAUUAUUUGUCACCCCAGUUAAACAUGAAAGGUUGCAGUGCUUCCUGUUCCCUUACUGGAAGUUAGCUUUUUCUUUUCUCUUUCUUCCUUUCUUUCUCUCACUCUUUCUUUCUCUUUCUCUCUCUGUCACUCACUCACUCACUCACAGAUUUGCUAAUGCCACAGAAAGGGCUCUUUUAACUUAAGAUAAGUGAAAAGUACUAAAAAAGAUUCAGGUAAUUAUCAUUCAGCACUUUAUUGUAAUUCAGAAUAAAAUUUAUGAUGGCAUAUUUGCCCUGCAAAUGUCUUAAUGAAGUUGUUCUCAAUAAAAAGCUCCUUAUUGAUUUGAGAAAAACUCAGUUUACCUGUGAGUUUAAUGAGCUGGAUCACUCACUUGGAUUUUUGUGUUGACAUUUUAUUCUGAGGGUUGAUGUUACACUAUUUAAGGAGUCAUCAAUGCAAACAGUCAUAUUAGGUAUGUCAUCAUCUUUAGUCAGUAAAAACCUUGUAAUGAGGAGUAGUAAAUAAACAAGAGAACAUUAGACUUUUUGGUUAAAUAAUUGAGAUUUAAUUUUUAAAAGAUAUUCUUACUCAUUUGCUAGGUUGUAAAUUUGAUUUCACCAUUAAGAAAAGGUAAAUUGGAUAUAAAUGAACGAUCUCCAACUUUUUGAUGAAGAGGUUUUACCAUCUCUUACUGUGGGAAAAUUUGAUGAAAUAUUUGAACUGUCACAUAUAUUAAGAAUACUUUGUGAUUUAGACCAAUAUUCUAGAAAUAUCAAAUGUCAGUAUCUUGAAAUCAUCUGCCUCUAACUUUGUGGUAUAAGAAUUAUAUAUGAAUAAGCUAUUAUUUUUAUAAAGGAAAACUUUGCCAUUAUAGUAAAUUACAUUAGUUGAUCUCGAUAAUUUGAGGAUAACAGAUGACAAUUGAAUUUUUAAUUGAUUUAGUAUUUCCUCCUCCUCUUUGGGGGCUGGGUGGGAGGGCUUACAUGCUCUUAGAGUGAGGCACAUCUCACUGUUUUGCAGCAGAAUUUGAAUUGUGCAACUCCUGUGUAAAGUAAGGAUUUCUUUAAAUAGCAUUUUUGCACCAGUAAAAAUAGAUAACUUAGAACUCAGUCUUGAUAACUGAAAUGACUUAUUUCACUUAGAAUACAUUUAUCCCUUCUCUGCCAUCUCCACAAAUGCCAUUGGGAGGUUUUGAAAAACCAGUUAAUUUAAUAGCUCAAAAUUGUCCCUGAUUUUAUUUUCUUUUAGGGAAAAUUGUUUCAUAAAUGUGACACUGAUAAAGCCUUUGUCAGAAAGUAUUCUCACAAUUAUGAGAUGGAUUAUAAUACUUAAAUUUGUGUUAUUUUUUGAACCACAGAUGAGUAAAUUUAAUAAUGAACCAAUUACACUCAUGUGAGUCUAACUAAACUGUACACUGUAGCAUGGUGUUAUUGACUGGAGUUAAUGUGUAAGUUAUUAACAUUUCUAUGAAAAUGCCCUUUUGGGGCCUCCUGAAUUUUAGAUGUUCCACUGUUUUGAUCAUUUCUAUAAAAGAAAUGGUCAUUUUACUUAGAUGCCAGUCUACUUUAUAAAGACAAAUGGAUUAUAGACUUAAAAAUAGUCAUUUUUCUUAUUCAUAAAUCUGACAGGCAUAAACCCAAAUCAAAGAUAAUUUGGUGCCCAUUAUGAAUUUGAAGUUAAGUGAUAGCUCACUUGUAAAGUGACUACCUUAAUGUGUAUAGAGACCCCAGUCUACUAUUAUUUGGGAAAAUUGUUUAGGUUAUAUGGGAAAAGUAGCUCUUUAAAAAUCAUAUUGCCCAACAGAAACCUUAGGCUGAAUUUACAGGUAUGAUAAUUUUUGUAAUUAAUUUUCUUAGAAUUGUGCAGGCUGGAUGAGAUAAUGACAUACUCUUUUACACUGUAACAGCAGCAUUAUUGCCUAGAACUUUAACCAUUUUAGAUUUAGAUACAAAGGAAACAAACUAAUUGGUCAUCAUCAUUUUCUUUUUUUCUUUUUCUUUUCUUUUUUUUUUUUUUUUUUGCCCUUAUGUGUCACUAAACGACUAGUUUCUCUCCCUUUUGUCAGUUCCCAUUGUGUAUUUUUUCAAAAGAAGUACUGUAUUCGGAUGCCAGCUAAUAAAUUGUCACACAAUGGAAAAUCAUAUGCCACAACAUUCAUUGUAAGGUUUAAUAAAAUUAAAUUUGCACCAAA